ACAUGAUUUCGACUUGGCGAUAUAACAUGCAUAUGUAAUGGAACAGGCCUAACUAGGCCACCAUUUUGAUCAUGUUCAUGUCGGGUUAUUCGGCUCCUUAGCUUAGUAGACAGCCCACCCGCUUCUGCUUCUACAUGUAGUUCAACUUCUAUGUAAGUGAACACUUCCACUGACUACAGCAUAAACAAAAGACUCAGUCAUAAACAAAUGACUCAGUCAUAAGCAAAUGACUCAGUCAUAAGCAAAUGACUCAGUCAUAAACAAAUCAGGAGUUUUCCCAAGCGAGGCUGACUAAAACACGAUCCAGUAUAUACAAAGAAGAAAUCGCGGAAUAGCUGGACAACAAUAUCGUCGAAUUGACAUGUCACACAAGAUAAACUUCCAACUUGAGCCGAUCGAGCUACUCUUCAAAGGAUGGAAUGUGACGUCUGCGUCGGAUAUUGCUAUUGCGGGUGUGACGGCAGCAUUGCUCGCUGUUCUGCUCGAGGCUAGCAAGAUGGUGAUGAUUAAAUUCCUGAUCAUUUCGCCUAGUGCGACAUUUAGUGACGGAGCCGAGCCUAAUACCAUUAGGCCCCACGGGUGGCGCUCAUUCGCCAUGCAUGAGUCUUCACGUGACAGACUACAUGUUGCGCGUGCUUUAUCACGCAAGCCGGACGCUGUUUCACAUGGUCCAGUUGGUGAUUGGUUACCUCCUCAUGCUCAUGGUAAUGACAUUCAACUUCUGGAUCAUGCUGUCUGUAAUCGCUGGCACCGGCGCUGGCUAUCUCAGUUGCGCGUGGACUCUUCUAAAUGUUCGACAGGAAAUUCCUCAACAAGUGCGUGUAAAAAGUAGAACACCAAACCAUGACAAACAAUUAAACGACUUUAAAAAACAAGCAAUACUGCUGCAGCUGGAAUCCAGUUUCUGACGAUAGGCUUUUUGUGUAGCUGAAAAGAUUCGAUGCCGAGACCUGUUGUAAAUCCUUUUGGUCCAUAGGUUCAAAUUCUUCUUGGAAUAUGGUUCAUUGAAUACGGCCUGCCGCGGUGCAAGAAGGAGGAAUGCCGAAGUAGGCCACACCGUAGUUUAUGUGUACUUAGUUAUUAUUUCAUAUUGGGUGGGUAUUCAAUUUUAAUCUUUUGGCAGUUUGUGAAAUGCAUCACCCCUGGCUAUCGAACAAUUGCUCUUCAUUGUUUCAUUGCGUUCUGAAGGCUUGUCGCCUUGUGUGUUACAUCGCAUGCAUAGUGUAAACGAAUACAUGCACAUGUACUUCAGUGCAGUUGUAGCCGGCGCUUUUCCGUAUUUCCCAUCGGGUAUUAACGAGUGGCUUCACAGUCACAUCGAUGUGGGGUCGUUUCCUUAACCCGCUGUGACUACAAAAUCUCCUUAAACUUCAGCCUCUGCACGUGCCAUAGAAGGGAAAAGCACACGUUUAAAAAAUACAUUUAUUUGGCUCUAAUACUUCUAAAUUUUGACGAAAGUUGCGAGUAAACACAAUUUUAAAUCAGAUUUUAUUGUUAAGGAUGCCAACAUUUUCAGAUACGUUUCACAGAUGCUCAUUAUAUGUAUAGUC